GUCAUUUACUGGACUUAAAUAGUUUCAAUUUGGAGUGUUGACAGCCCUUAUAGAGUGGCACUUGCACAGCAAAGAAAUGUAUUAGUCCUGUUGUGAUCCAGUCUACUUGUAAAUCCUUUUCAAAUAUUGUCAUUUGAAUGGAGAGGCAUUUCAGUCUCUUAGACUUUUACCAUGUCAGUGAACCUUUCAGGCCUUCAAAGCAAGGGUCUUUUGCACACUUGUUCCGUAAAGUUAGCAGUCAUGGAAGUGUAAGUUCCAGCUCAGACCUGAGUAGAAGUGUCCAGAGUCUUGGAUUUGGAAAGAUAUACUUUGGUAGUAGUGGGCGACAGGCGGGCACGAUGACCACCAUACCCUUGGUGACAGAAAAUUCUUUGCAUCAUGAUGAUCAUGGAUUAACAUAUGACAAUGGGGCUUUCAUGGUGAUGGAAAGCAUGCUAUGGAAUAAAGUUACUAAAGUCACAGUGAAACGUCUUCAUAAAGAUCCACCUAAAGGAGGAGAAGUUGAUCUCCUAAUCAAUGAAAAUGAAUGUAUAGGGCAGCUAAGACACCCAAAUAUACUUCUUCUGAUGGGGAUUUGCCAGACAGAAAAUUUGAAUGGAAUAGUUUUACUCUACGAAAGAAUCAACUUUGGAUCCCUUUAUCAUUAUAUGCAUGAACGAACCGAACAUCUUUCUCAUCACGGAGCUUUGGAAAUUCUGACCCAGAUUUGUGAUGCCAUAAUGUACAUCCACCAGCAAAAUUUCUUACACUGCUCUCUGACAUCACAUGCUAUACAGCUGGUUAGCUCUCAUCUUGCCAAACUUGGAAAUUUCGAUUACAUGGUUGAACAGUGUGAUGAACCAUAUUACCAGAAGAAAAGCCAUGUUGUGGAGAACAUCUAUCCCAAUGCAGUUUACAAUUGGAUGGCUCCAGAGUUGAUGAAAGGGGAGCCUCCUAGUGAACAGUCGGAUAUGUACAGCUUUUGUGCGGUCAUGUGGGAAGUGUUUAUGGGGAUACUUCCAUGGGGAUCGUCUGAUGCAGAACACAUAAAAAGAGAAGUCCUUGAAAAUAGAAAUAGCUUGCCUCUGUAUGUUGACAAACUCUCACAGCCCUUUGACUCAAUCUUAGAAGGGGGCUUGCAGUUAGAGCCCAGUGACAGAAGACUUGCAUUUGAAGGCAAUGAAAGAAGACUUACCUUUGAAGUUAUGAGGGAUUUACUUUCCACAGUUCCACAGAUGAGGAGGGCAAAUGUUCCAAAUAUUCCAAACAAAGUAGUUCCCCAAAGGAUAAAGACUAAAAACCAACAUAUGGAUGUCAGUACAAGUGAAGAUGAUGCUCCUGCUGCUCGUCAUCAACAAAGGAUGCGAAAAACUCCAUCUCCACCAAGACACAGGAGGGGUGCACCAAAAGUAGAAGCAGUGAAUGCCCGCCUUAUAAAUGAAGAUGAUAGUGUGUUUGAAGAAAAUGGCAAUAAGCUGGAAACCCGCCAGACCAGAGAAGAAUAUGAAUUUAUCCAAAAUGAAAAGAAAAGGGCAUUUUUUGAAGGAAGACAACAGCAACAGUCCACAAGUGUGAGGUCGAAAAGUGAGCCAGAUGAAGGAACAAGGUACAGAUUGAUACAAAACCACCAGCCAAGGGAAAGGACACAGUCACAAAAGCCUCCAUCCCCAACUGCUGUAACUUCACCAAGGGACAACAAGGCUGAAAAAAGAUUAACAAAAGAUGUAUACACAGAUCUAUCAGCUGUUCCUACCAGACCUAGCAGAAUCAGGGAUAACCCUUUCACUAAACCUCCUCCUGCCCCACGCAAUACCAAUGGAAACAAUUCUGUUUCUAACAGUGAUCAGACCUACAGAGCCAGGCCAUAUUCCAGGAGCAUCAGUGCUGACACCUCUGCAAAAGUUAACGGUAAAACUAGUCCAGUGGAAGAUCAUCCUUUGAACACGUCAUUGCAGUCUACAAAAUCUUUUACAAGUCAGACAUCUCGAAAAUCUGGUGCCAUGUCUCCACGCUCUAAUAAAAGCUGGUUGAAUAAUUCACAUAAUGAGUCCCUGUCAUUCAAGCCUGCCAAUCAUAGGAUUUCGUAUGCACCAGAACAAGAGCCUGGGACCAGUACCAGUAAAGGAGACAUUGGAAGAUACAUGGGUAGCAAUUCAGAUAUUGUCAAUAACAGACCAUCUCUGAACAGAAGUUCAAGUGUCGACUCUCAAAUGGGUGGAAUUAAACGAUUCAGAUCAGAAACCUUUUUGAAUCUGUGUGGUGCUAGUUACAAUGACAGAAGGCCUAAAACAGUCACCAGCAAUUACAAAUCUACAGAGAACCUACCCGCCAGCAGUUCGUCAUCAGUAAGCAGUGUGCGCCAAAUGCAUGAAAACAACCCAGUGGUGACCAGUCCUUACAGUAGGAGAACUAGAAAUCAGUGGUUCGCUGGCAAAGGAAGCAUAAAAGGGCUCAUAAGUACCUUUGAGGAACAUGAGGACGAGCAAGGCCAUGAUAAACAACCAGACACCCAAAACAGACGUGCAUUUGAAAGACAGACAUCACUUCCAGAAAAGGCACUUCAGAGUACAUCAGCCUUUGUCAAAUAUCAACCAAAAACUGUAGAGGUAAAAACUGUUACUGUUGAUCAACCUCAAACAAAGUUACCAAGCAAUAGAUUUUCAUCAGUCUCAUCUGGUCUUGUGGAGAGAGGAAGAGGUCCAAAUGACAGAAAUUCAUUUGAAAAUGGAGCAUCCCAACCAAUGGAUGAUAUCUCAGCAUUUGCUGAUCCCAUCAAUUAUAAAAGAGUAUAUGUAUCUGGGAAUGGUGAUGAUAUCCUCUUCAUACCGUCAAGAACAGGACCCACAGUAGUGAAUGGAGACUAUUCAGGAACAGACACUGACAGUGAAUUGAGGUCUUUUGAUAAUAAUGAGCCACAUGAAUAUUAUUUUGAUGAUGACCUCAAUUCAAAUGCUGCUGAAGACACACAGUGGGGUUUGCAAGGUGAUCUGCAGGGGGCACGAACUUCAAGUUUCCAACCACGUAAACCCUAUAAUAUAGGCUUACAAAAAAUGCCAACUACAAGUGGAAAGAUACCGUCAAACUCCUAUGCUGCAAGUAGAGAUGCUCAAACAUAUCCAAAAGUCUCUCCGGAUAAAGGGCAUGGAGAAGCAAGAUCAACAGAAAGAAUGGAAAAAGUAGUCACAAUGACAAGGGAUAUGAGAAUUGUGGCUCCAAAGAAUCCAGAAGAGGAACCUGAAACAGAAGCUGAUUAUAUGACCACAGUGAAAGUAGACUCCAGUCCUAAUGAUGGUGGCACUCACGUGAUCACACAUCUGAGAACCAAUGUCAAGACAGGAGAAACUGUCGUUCUCAGUGAAAGAACAUUCAAGGCAAGCAAAGCAAAGACACAUGUUCUCUUUGAUGCAUAGGCUUUAUAGUCAUCCUGUCAUAACUAGCUUAUGUGCAGAUUGUAGGACUUUGCUCAAAUUUUACUGUUCAGAUACUUUGCUCACAAUUGAUGAUUCAGCAAAGUCUGUAAUUUGUUGCAGAGGGGUGUCUGGUAUUGUUAUAUAUCUCAUUACUCAGGAAAAUUAUGAAAAAUAUAUGGAAUGGUUCUUACAAAGAUAGCUAUGACCCCUGGCAUGAAAUGAGAAACUGAUGAUGAAUGAAUCAUAAAUACAUGCAUUUAGUCUAUAGAUUUUUCUUGGGGCAAUACACAAAGAGUAUCGGGUUAUAUCCACAAAUAUUAGUGGUUGACUUUUCACUGUAAUGCCAGAAUCAUAAUAACUCAGCAAUAAUAGUUAAGUAAUGCCUCUUAGUCACUCUUGGUAAUAUUAAUUAUAAACAUAAAAGCCUGGUUUGGAGGACCCAGAUGGAUUAAAGCCAAGGAAGUUGCCUUGUAAUUCAAUUUUUUCAUCGAGUAAAAGUUUUAAUGUGUUAAGUGUAUAAGCAUGUUUUAACCAUGUUACAAUGAUUGAACUCCUGAAAACAUCUUAUUUUUAAUAUAAUAAUUGUUAUUUGUCCUGGGAGCUACAGGGACAAGUAUUUGAUGUAAUUAAUUCUCUGGAAUAGACUUGAUGUCAGAUAUAUUUAAGAUAUUUGGUAAACAGGAAUAUGCCUUUUCCGUUAUUGAUUUUAAACAAGUGCAAUUUGUUUGCACAUGUACAGUGAACUUAGAAGUUUUAACCUUUGACUAACUUCCCCCAACAAUAUUUGUUGUUUCACUGUUUCACUUUUAAAAAAAAAAUUCUAACACAUUCUGCUUGCAGAAAUAUUUGAUAAUCCAUUGCAUGGCAUUUUAGAAGUCAAAUGCUAUCAUGGGUCGUUUAUUCUGACAUGUGCUCUUUUCCUAUUCAGUUUUAACAAUGUAAGUUUUCUCAUCCCAGUAAAUGCAUAUGCGACAUUUUAUAGCAAAUAUUGGACCGUUAUAUAAGAUUUUACAUGUCUGCAUAAACAAGUAAAAACUCAUAGUUCUUUCACAGUGCAUUUUCUUCAGUUCUUUUUUUCACAGAUGAAUUCUAAUAUAUAAAUUGUAUAGACUAGGUACUAAAAACAUCAGUACAUCAUGUAGUGAAAUAGCUCACACAGUUUGAUCCCAAGAGCACAACUGCAGGUGGUUGCAACCAGUACAGUCAGUAUAAGUAGUUGAACUGUUCAUUCAUUCAUCUUUAAAUAAUUUAGUAACAAAUAUUUUUUUCCCCCGUAUAUUCUAUAAAAUUAAUGAAUUAAGCCUUGUAUCAAUCCCUUUCAUUUAUGUUAUAAUGUGUACUGUGUAUUAUGUGUAGUCCAAUACCCAUUAUCUUUCAUGUAGUUAGUCAUUCGAAAUUAAGUGUCCAACACUUUUAUUUAGCAGUAAAUAACAUUUUCACCAUAAUGUAUUAUAGUUAGAUAGGUACUGGGUCUCAAUUAACAAUUCAAAACAAAUUAUAAUUGCAAAAAUGUGUUGUCAUUGGUAAAUUGAGUAGGUAGCGACUUUUAAUUUUCUUUGCUACCUAUAUAUAACUCUUUAUUUCUAUGCCAUAGAAAUGCUGUUCAUGUUUUUACUUUUAAAAGUUACUGUUGUUAAAUGUUCCUGUAUAUAUGAAUAUAUUUGUUGCCAAAUAAAUAUUUUUCUUUCUUCCA